AUGGUUUCUUUCCCAUAUUGUAAGAGGCAUGACAAUGAAAUGCAACUCGGAAAUCUAAACAAAAUUCGUCAUUUAUCUUAUGAUAAAAGUAUGUUUAACCAUUUUGGCGAACUUGAUUCCCUUCAUGGAUUGAAAGGCUUCCGUACACUCACAGCAUUACCGUUUGAAUUUGAGUCCCGGAUCCCCGGCCAUUACCUAGCGAAUGGGGUAUUGCAUGAGUUGUUGCUAGCAUUGAAACAGUUGCGGGUGUUAUCACUGUCAGACUACAGGAAUAUCACUGUUUUGCCGAAUUCUAUUGGUGAUUUAAAGCAUUUGCGAUACCUAGAUCUAUCUUGCACUCGAAUUGAAAGGUUGCCUCCUGCAAUAUGCAAGCUCUACAAUCUACAGACCUUGUUGUUAUCUUAUUGUGUUGCUCUUACUGAGUUGCCUGAGGAGAUGGGAAAAUUGGUGAAUCUACGCCACCUUGCUAUUGAUUAUUGUUGGGUUCUUACUAAGUUGCCUGAGGAGAUGGGAAAAUUGGUGAAUCUACGGCGCCUUGAUAUUGAUGGUACUGAUUUGCAGGAGAUACCCGUAGAAAUAGCCAGACUAGAAAAUCUGCAAAGUCUGAGUGGUUUUAUUGUCAGCAAACAACAACAUGGAGUGAAGCUUGCAGAAAUGAGAAAAUUUCCCAAUUUACAAGGUAAACUCUGCAUCUCAAAACUAGAAAAUGUUAUUGAUCCGUCUGAUGCUUGUCAAGCCAAUUUGAAGGAGAAAAAGCAAAUUGAAGAGUUAUCAUUGGAAUGGAGUGAUUCCAUUUUGGAAGACUCCCAUCAAGUUGUACUUGAACAUCUGCAACCCUCAACUAAUUUGAAGAAAUUGACCGUUAAAUGCUAUGGUGGAACUAGUUUCCCAAAUUGGUUGGGUGAUUCCUCAUUUGGCAACAUAGUGUGUUUGAGAAUUGAAGAUUGUCGUCAUUGUUCUUCAGUGCCACCUCUUGGACGACUACAAAGCCUAGAAAAACUCUUCAUUUCAGGUAUGAGAUCAGUGAAGAGUAUUGGGUCUGAAUUUUACGGAAGUAAUUCCCCGUCAUUCCAACCGUUUCCCUCCUUGGAGACUUUGGAAUUUAAAUCGAUGGAAGAGUGGGAGGAAUGGAACAUGAUAGAUGGUAUAACUACUGAGUUCCCCCGUCUAUCACACCUAUCUCUGAGAAGGUGUCCGAAGCUGAAAGGAAAUUUACCCAGCAAUCUUCCUUGCUUAAUUGAACUUGAAGUAGAGGAUUGUUGUGUACUUGAAUCAGAGUUUUCAGGAGAAGUGGAUAACAGAAACAUAAUGAGACGAAUGAAUGUAUUCAAUUUUAACUCACUUCAACAAUUAUGGCUCUAUGAAAUUCCUUCUCUGACGUCCUUCCCGAGCAAUGGUCUGCCCAAAGCGUUAAAGACACUUUUUAUCCGAGGCUGUGAGAGCCUUGAAUUCCCAACUCAUGAGUUCCUUCACAGUUGCAAGGCACUUGAGGAUCUGGAUAUAAUACAAGAAGCAGCAAGCCAAUCUCUCAUGUUUCUUGAACAUCUCGAAGUAUAUGGGUGUCCUGAACUGGAGUCGAUUUCCCUACCGGAUUCGUCCACUCCUAACCUGAGUUAUUUUGAGGUAGAUAAAUGCGACAAGAUUAAUUCAUUACCAGAACCAAUUAAUAAUCUCAGUGGCCUCCAAACAUUAUAUAUUUGUGAUGUUCCGAAUUUGGAAUCCAUUGCAGAAGAGGGUUUGCCUAUCAAUUUAAGGACACUAGUUGUCGGCAAUGAAGAAGGGGUUUACAGCAAUACAGAUAUCACCAAGUGGGGCUUGGACCGACUCACUUCUCUUUCAGAAUUGAGUAUUAGAGGUGAGUAUCUGGUUAAGAAGCUGAUGGAAAUACAAGUGCCCCUGUUGCCCAAUUCUCUUCGGAUGCUGGAAAUAGAAGGAGCACGUGAAAUACAAGAUUUGGAUGGGAAGUGGCUUCAGCAUCUCACCUCUCUCAAAUCUCUCGAGUUAGACAAAUUUCAAUUUGAUGAGGAUGAGAUUGGUUUCAUGUUCAACUCUAACAUGAAGUUUCUGUUAUAUCAUUCUCUUAUAAUUUCCAAGUUGGAUAGAAAAGGAAGUGCCACUCUGAGCUGA